UGUCAUUGAUACUGUCCAUGCUCCUCUUCAAACCUGCUCCAAUUUAUAUUCUUGAUGAGGUAGAUGCAGCUUUGGAUCUUUCUCAUACCCAGAAUAUUGGACAGAUGCUGCGAACUCAUUUCACACAUUCUCAGUUCAUUGUGGUGUCCCUAAAAGAAGGUAUGUUCAACAACGCAAAUGUUCUUUUCAAAACCAAGUUUGUGGAUGGUGUUUCUACAGUAGCCAGAUUUACUCAAUGUCAAAAUGGAAAGAUUUCAAAGGAAACAAAAUCCAAGGCAAAAGGACCUAAAGGAGGAGCACAUGUGGAAGUUUAAAGUGCAAAUUUGCUCCUUUACCCUGACCUGUUUUUUAAAGAUAAACUUUUAAGAACUUGGGAUCUAAUUUGUUUAUAUAAAAAAAAUUAAUGUUAUUUUGUUACCUAACCCUUAUUUUCUCUUCCUUUCUGUAAUCACAUAAAUAAGCUUUGAUUCUUCAUCUCUUAAUUAGUGUUAACUAUAAUCCAAUUACUGUGGUCGUGAUUUUAUGUGUAUCAUCAAAUGUUUUUUCUUACGCAAGUCUUUUAUAUAUUAGGGAACCUGAGAUACUUGGUUAAUGGUAAAUUCUGUAUGUUAAAGCAAAACUAGAAUGAAACAUGAAAUUAAAUUGUAGUAUAAAUAUAGCUGAUAGCUUUUAAUUAGUUUAGUUCCUGAGGUAAUAUUAAUGUAUUUUCUAUUGCUAAUAAAGUCAUUCAGGUAAGGAAGAAUUGCAAAGCAACUAACUGGACCAACAAUAAAGGGAACACAAAGAAAGCAAUUAUGUACAAACUAAGCUGUUUAAGGCUAGUUCCUUGACACAGUGCCAGAUCCCUGAUUUAGACUGAGGUGGGAAACAGACCUUGAAAGAUUUCUCAUUUUAGUGAUGUUUGGGUAUCAUGUUUCUAUAAUAAUUGGUCUCUACAACCUUAAGUUUUUUUAAAAGAUUUAGGAGUAUUUUAGUAGAAGCUUGGGAGGAGUUGUGUCUCAUGUUCUGUGCUGAAAGCUUAUCUGAGGUCUCCUAAUAUUUUCAGAAAUUUUUGUCAGCGUUUUUAUAAUCCAAUCAAUAACAACCUAUUAGUGAAUGAGAAUGUAGGAGGCAGCAGACUAAAUCAAAUUUAUCUUUUUCCUUGAGUCUGAUAAAUAUGUAAAUAAAUCGAUCCAUCUGUUCUACCAAAAUAAUUCACAAGUUUGAUGGUUAUUGUAAUUCUUAGUGUCUUCUGCUUUCUAGUUCAAAGGGGUGAAAUUCCUUUAGAACUUGAAAGAUGGAGCUAACAGACAACAUAAGAAUACUGUGUAUACUUCUUAGUAUCACUGGGUGUAUCACCAGAACAGUGCCUCCAAACUCUGAAUCCAAAAAGCUCUGACAUGGUGUAAUCUGAUCUUGGAUGUAUUAUUUUGGCCCCACAUAUCCUUGAGUCUUGGUUCCUUAGUGUUAUUAUACUUUCCCUGAUAUGUGCUCAUACUUUCUGACCCUUGGGUGACAUUUCUCAUCUUUCUUUCUGCCAACUUAUCUGAAAUGUCAGACAACACCCAAGUAAAUGAUAUUAUGAGACACAUUGGAAAGGAUUGAAUCUGGAAUUAGUUCUGUUCACUGUGGCAGGGGAAGGAGACAGAGCUGUAAAUGCUGUUGUAGAAAGUCCAGUAUAACAGAUAACAGAGACAGUGUUUGCCUAAGUAGUUGGAUCAGUUCCAAUGAAGUAUAAUACACCAGUCACCAAUAAAGUGUAGUAUACCAGUUUGACCACAAACUCGUCAAUACUAGUUAUUAAGCAUAAUAUUUCAGAUUUAAUAGCUAUAAAAAUGGUACUUUAUUGCUGCUUCAACUAGCAUUUUAAAAAUAAUUUGUGAGGUUGAAUAUUUUGCCAUAUGUGCUAAUUUUCUUUUAUCUGCUACAAAUGUUCUGCUUGUGUGCUUUCCACCUUUUUGCACUUUGAAAUUCUGCACUUUGAAAAUCCUCAAACAUACAUUAAAUUUUUGUGAGUAA